AUGCCGUCGACAAGAGCUAUCGGAAUCGAUCUUGGAACCACCUACUCUUGCGUUGGUGUCUGGCAGAAUGACGAUGUUGAAAUCAUCCCCAAUGAUCAGGGUAACCGUACGACACCAUCCUGUGUCGCUUUCACUGGAAGCAGGCGUCUGAUCGGUGAUGCUGCUAAAAACCAAACAUUCAUGAACCCAAAUAACACAGUUUCCAAUGCCAAACGUUUGAUUGGGCGGAAAUUCGACGAUCCUGGAGUUCAGUCUGAUCUCAAUGGAUUCCCCUUCAAAGUCACAAACAAAGGCAACAAGCCCAUCAUUCAAGUCUCUUUUCGUGGGGAGCAGAAGGAAUUUGUAAACCCCGAGGAAAUUUCGUCCAUGGUCCUCACCAAGAUGAAAGAGUCUGCCGAAGCCUAUCUGGGUCAGACCAUUACCAACGCUGUUAUCACCGUCCCCACCUGCUUCAACUACUCGCAGCGACAGGCCACAAAGGAUGCUGGUCUUAUUGCGGGUUUGCACGUCCUUCGAAUCAUCGACGAAUCUACCGCUGUUGCUGUCGCCUACAACCUCCCCCAGAUGCCAGUUCAGGGUGAACGUAAUGUCCUCAUUUUCGAUCUUGGAGGCGGCACCUUCAGUGUGUCGCUUUUAACCAUCGAAGAGGGUAUCUUCGACGUCAAGGCCGUCGCUGGUGAUUCUCACUUGGGCGGUGAAGAUUUCGAUAACAAUCUCGUUGACUACUUUGUUCAGGAGUUCAAGCGCAAGCACGAGAAAGACCUUUCGAUGAAUGCCCGUGCUCUUCGACGAUUACGCACGGCAUGUGAACGCGCCAAGCGUGCUCUUUCUUCUGCUGCUCAGGCUUCGAUUGAAAUUGACUCGCUCUACGGGGGCAUCGACUUCUUUACUACCAUAACCCGUACUCGCUUCGAGGAACUCUGCCAAGAUCUCUUCCGUAGAACCCUCGAACCUGUCAAGAGAGUUCUUCGUGAUUCCCGUAUCCACAAGUCCAACGUUCAUGAGAUUGUCUUGGCCGGUGGCUCCACUCGUAUCCCUCGUAUCAUCAAGCUCGUCUCGGACUUCUUCAACGGCACGCCCAUCAAGUCGAUCAACCAUGACGAGGCUGUCGCCUAUGGUGCUGCCGUCCAGGCCGCUAUCCUGUCCCGGGAUACCUCGGAAAAGACUCAGGAUCUUCUCCUCCUUGAGGUUGUUCCUCUUUCCCUUGGUAUCGAGACCACCGGUGUCUUCAAUGCCUCCGAGUCGGAUCCUCUAGCCCUUGAUGUUGCUCUUCUUUCCCUUGAUAUCGACACCGCCGGUGUCUUCACUCCUCUCAUCAAGCGUAACACGACCGUGUGGGUCAUGCGGUCUGAGAUUUUUUCCACAUAUUCCGACAAUCAGUCCGGUGUAUUGAUCAAGGUGUACGAGGGUGAGCGUGCACACACCAAGGACAACAACCUUCUUGGCAAGUUCGAACUUUCUGGUAUUCCCCCCGCACCACGUGGCGUUCCUCAGAUCGAGGUCACAUUCUAUGUUGAUGAGAAUGGUAUCUUGAACGUCUCGGCUGCCGAUAAGACGACCGGAAAGUCGAAUUGUAUCACGAUUGCUAACGGUCUAUCGAAGGAGGAAAUCGACCGUAUGAUUUUUGAGGCUGAGAGGUACAAGCAAGAAGAAGCUGCUCGGAUUGCGGCUAAGAACGAACUCAAGUCGUUCGCAUGCAAUUUGCUUAAUGCGGCUCAAGACGCCUGUGAGGCGAGUAAGGAGGUGAUCUCGUGGUUGGAUGUUUCUUAUGAGGUUAGCAAGGAGGAAUAUAAGGAGAGGCACAAGGAGCUUGGGCGAGCUGCAGAUCGGAUCCCGCGGAAGCCGUAUGGAGGCGCUGGGGAGGCGGGUGGGCCUGACGGUUCUUGUGGUAGACAGGGUGCCGAUGUUGGUCUCGAUGUUGAUUGA